AUGGCCUCAAGACCCACCGUUACCGUCCAAUCCGUCUCCGGAGAGGCUUCGACUUCCCUUCCCCUUCCUGCAGUCCUCACAGCUCCCAUCAGGCUUGAUGUAGUCGCCCAGGUUCACAAGAGCAUGGCUAAGAACAGGCGUCAGGCUUACGCUGUCAGCGAGAAGGCCGGCCACCAGACUUCCGCUGAGUCCUGGGGUACUGGUCGCGCUGUUGCGCGUAUUCCUCGUGUCGGUGGUGGUGGUACCCACCGCUCUGGUCAGGCUGCCUUUGGAAACAUGUGCCGUGGCGGUCGCAUGUUCGCCCCCACCAAGACUUGGCGCAAAUGGCACGUCAAGAUCAACCAAAAUCAGCGCCGCUUCGCUACCGUCUCCGCACUCGCAGCUUCCGCGCUCCCAUCUCUUGUUCUCGCCCGCGGUCACCGUAUCGAGCAAAUCUCUGAGGUUCCUCUUGUCGUUGAGAACGCAGCUGAGUCCUUCAAGAAAACCAAGGAGGCUAUAGCUCUCCUCCAGGCCCUGAAUGCAUACACGGAUGUUACCAAGGUCUCCAACUCGCGCAAACUCCGUGCAGGAAAGGGCAAGAUGCGCAACCGCCGCUACCGUCAACGUCGUGGCCCUCUUGUCGUUUUCAAGGAGGACAAUGGCAUCGUCCAGGCUUUCCGUAACUUGCCUGGUGUCGAACUCGUCAACGUCCAAAGGUUGAACCUUCUCCAACUCGCUCCUGGUGGACACAUUGGCCGCUUCGUCAUCUGGACAGAGGGUGCCUUCAGCCUCCUUGAUGAGGUGUUCGGCACCUUCGACAAAGCCUCUUCGUACAAGAAGGACUACCUCCUUCCCACCGCUAAGAUCUCCAACCCCGACGUCACUCGUCUCAUUAACAGCACUGAGAUUCAAUCUGUUGUCCGCCCCGCAGGUCCCAGGGUCCAGAAGCGCCCAUGGACGCAGAAGAAGAACCCUCUCGUCAACAAGGGCGUCCUCUUCCGUAUGAACCCUUACGCCAAGACCCUCCGCAGACAAGAAUUGCUCAAGCAAGAGCGUGUCAAGGCACAAAAAGACAAGAAGGGAAAGAAGGCCAAGGGCUCUUCUGCUGGAGAGGCUUUCCUCAACACGUUGUUCGCUCCUUGA